GCCCGCCUACCUCCUUUCCCUUUCGACUGAGGAGCAUCUGCUCCGUCAGCGCACCGCGAUGAUGGACGAGGGGGGCCGAGGAAGCACGCGGCCGACCCCGCUCUUCUGCAGCAAGGGCCAGAAGGCGCCGCUUUCGCCGACCUCGGGCGAUGGCCCGGCCAUCUCGGCCGUCAUGUUCACGGCCGGCGUGCUCGGCAACCUGACGGCGCUGGUGCUGCUACUGCGGGCGCGGCGCCGUAGGCUGGCGCGGCGGGAGCCCCUGGUGCCUUUCCGCGUGCUGCUGAUGGCGCUGGUGCUGACGGACCUGCUGGGCACUUGCCUGCUCAGCCCAGUGGUCCUGGUGGCCUACGGGCGAGAGCACACGCUGAAGGAGCUGGCCGCGGACGGGCGCGUCUGCAACUACUUCGCCUUCCUCAUGAGCUUCUUCAGCCUGGCCACCAUGGGCUGCCUGGGCGCCAUGGCGCUGGAGCGCAGCCUGGCCAUUGGCGCGCCUUACCUCUACGAGCGGCUGCUGAGCGGGCGGCCCGCGGCGCUGCUGCUGGGAGCCCUGCCCGCCUUCUACGCCCUGGCCGCCGCCUUCUGCGCCCUGCCGCUGCUGGGCUUCGGCUGCUACGCGGAGUACUGGCCGGGCACGUGGUGCUUUAUCCAGAUGCGCUCGGAGGGCAGAGCCGACGCCUUCGCGCUGCUCUACGCUUCGGUCCUGUUGCUGCUCAUCCUGGCCGUCCUGCUGGGCAACCUGGUCGUCAUGGUCAGCCUCUGCCGCAUGUACCUGAGGCGCGCGCACCCCCCCCAGUGCCUCUUGUACCUGAGGCGCGCGCACGCACGCCGGCCUGCCUCCGCCGUCUGCCGCUGCCCCGCGUGGAGCGCUCAGCAGCAGCCGUGCCGCCAGACGGAGUCUCCCGAGACGCGAGCGCAGGGCGCUCGGAGGCCGCUCUCCAUGUCCGAGGAGCUGGACCACCUCGUCUUGCUCUUCCUCAUGACCGUCAUCUUCGCCGUGUGCUCCGUGCCGUUUACGAUCCAUGCCUUUAUGAACAGUUUUACUGAAGUCAGCUCAGACAAGUGGGAUCUUCGAGUGAUGCGGUUUCUGUCUGUUAAUUCCAUCGUGAACCCCUGGGCAUUUGUCAUCCUGAGGCCUCCCAUCCUCCGGCUGGUGCGAUCCAUACUCUGCUGUCAGAUAUCCUUAAAAUCACAAGCGAAGCAUAGGCAGAGUUUGUCUCUUGCCAAACCAGUGCCUGUGCAGCAGAUGGAUAAUUGCGGACAGUAGAACAUGGACUCGGAAGGCAUUCAGGCGCCCAUUUCUAAUGGCUCCUCGGGGAAAGUAUAGAACUGCGACUAGAAUUGUAGCAUGACCUCAUCUCCUGGGGUCACCAUUCAGCUGCAACCUCCAUGAUUCUGAGCUGUGUUCUUGUUCAUCAGAGGGAGGCCUGAGAAGAUUCUCCAAAUUCACACAAUCCUAAAUAUUCCCAAUCUGACUGCAAGACGACAACAAUGGGCUCAAGAAGCAGAUUGGAAAGAGUUGCCUUCCGCCAGUCAGGCCAGUGGUUUAUCUUGUUCCAUCUUGUUGCAAUGUUUAAGGAAGCUCUCAAUAUUUCAGGCUGGAAUCUUUCCCAGAUCUGUGCAGGGUAUCCACAGGAAUGGUCAAACAAGUCAAGGUGGUGGCUGUGACGGUGUGAUAGAAGCUCCAUCUUUUUUUUAUGAAUGAGUGUCU